UUUGACAUUUGUGAAUCUUCUGUCAUCUGUGAUUCAUUUGUUUUCCGAAUCCUCUGUUGAAAUGAAAUGAAAAAUUUCAUUUUGCAUCCAUUUUAAUCCUAGUGUUGUAUCGUUAGUUUUUUGUGCAAAAUGGCUAUGUUCCCAGGAACCGUGGCCUUUGACGAAUAUGGUCGACCAUUCAUCAUUUUGCGGGAUCAGGAAAACCAAAAACGGUUGACCGGUAUCGAUGCUUUGAAGUCGCACAUCCAAGCGGCGCGCCAGAUUGCGGGCAUCCUGCGCACAUCCCUCGGCCCGCGAGGCCUGGACAAGAUGAUGGUCUCGUCAGAUGGUGAAGUAACAGUCACCAACGACGGAGCCACUAUCCUGAAACUCAUGGAUGUGGACCACGAGAUUGGCAAGCUGAUGGUGCAACUGGCUCAGAGUCAGGAUGAUGAGAUUGGGGAUGGAACCACUGGUGUUGUUGUGUUGGCAGGUGCCCUCUUGGAACAAGCCGCUUCCCUGAUUGACAAAGGCAUCCACCCGAUCCGCAUCGCAGAUGGGUUUGAAAUGGCGGCUGCAACCGCUCUAGCCCAUCUGGACAGUAUCAGCGAGGCUUUCCCAGUCAAUAAGGACACUAGGGAGCAUCUCAUCAAGGUUGCCAAGACUACCCUCGGGAGCAAAAUUGUGGUCAAAUGUCAUCAGUUGAUGGCUGAGAUUGCGGUUGAUGCAAUCCUUUCCGUAGCGGAUUUGGAGAAACGCGACGUGAACUUCGAGCUGAUCAAAGUGGAGGGUAAAGUUGGGGGGCGCAUGGAGGACUCUAUGCUGGUGCGGGGUGUCGUCAUUGACAAGACCAUGAGCCAUCCGCAGAUGCCCAAAGUGCUCAAGGACGUGAAACUGGCAAUUCUGACGUGCCCGUUCGAGCCGCCCAAGCCCAAGACCAAGCAUAAGCUCCACGUGGGCUCGGCCGAAGAGUACCGCGACCUGCGCAAAUACGAACACGAGAAGUUCCUCGAGAUCGUCCGCAGGGUUAAGGACGCCGGAGCGACCUUGGCCAUUUGCCAGUGGGGCUUCGACGAUGAGGCAAACCACCUUCUCCUCUCCCAAGGAUUGCCAGCCGUCCGCUGGGUUGGUGGACCUGAGAUGGAACUGAUCGCCAUCGCCACUGGUGGCAGAAUAGUUCCUCGCUUUGAGGAACUGACUCCUGAUAAACUUGGCAGCUGCGGUCUGGUUAGAGAACUUACGUUCGGAACAUCCAAAGACGAGAUGCUGGUGAUCGAGCAGUGCUCCAACUCUCGCGCCGUGACGGUGCUGGUGCGGGGCGGCAACAGGAUGAUUGUGGAGGAAGUGAAACGUUCAGUGCACGAUGCGUUGUGUAUAGUGCGCAGUUUGGUGCAGGAUUCCCGAGUAGUUUACGGUGGUGGAGCAGCUGAAAUAUCUUGCUCUUUAGCGGUGGCUCGCGCAGCUGAUAAACUAUCGUCCCUGGACCAAUACGCUUACAGGGCCUUCGCUGACGCGUUAGAGGCCAUCCCUCUCGCACUCGCAGAAAACAGUGGGCUGUCUCCAAUCGAUACCCUGUCGGAACUGAAGGCGAGACAAGCGGCUGAAAACAACAUCAAUCUUGGAGUGGACUGUAUGGCUUCAAAUUCCAACGACAUGAAAGCAAUGAACGUCAUAGAGUCGCUUCACUCUAAGAAACAGCAAAUCGCGCUCGCCACUCAACUCGUCAAGAUGAUCCUGAAGAUUGACGACGUUCGCUCGCCGGCUGACCAGUAACCAUAACUUAUUUAGUUAUACAUCACUAUUAUAUUGUAAUAAAGAUUUGAACACGCAAAUAAAUAUCUGAGACUUAUUUGUAUACAUGUAACAGAUGUGUAGGAUAACUUAGUACAGUGGCUGGCAGAAAAUAUUGUACAUCGACCUUUAGAAACGGUCUUCGGCUUCGUAGAGCGUUGUCUCUGUCACUCAUAUCUAUGUGACGUUUUGUCGGUAUCAACGACAGAGACAACGCUCCACGAAACCGCUAUCUCUUUCUAAAAGUCGUACUAUUUCCUGUCGGGUACUGUACUGUUUCGUAUAAAAAAUGUUGCAGUUGUGGUAAGUCGGGUCAUGUGAUGUCAUGUUGUAAAAUCUGUUCCAUGUGCGUUAAUAUGCUCAAACAUAAAACGAUGUAUGUCAUAGAAUCGCAUCUAAGAAACGAAUAUCCGUCAUGACUCAAUUUCUUAACUCAACAACUCAAUUCAAGAACUCAACUCGUCAAGACGAUUCUUAAGAAUGAAGUGUAUAGUUAUAUUAAGUUACAUUUGUAAUUGCAUAACUUACAAUUUAUAGAGGACUAGAGGAUGCCCGCGACUUCGUCCGCGUGGAUUUAGAUUUUUAAAGAACCCGUGGGAACUGUUUGAUUUUCCGGUAUAAAAAGUUGCCUAUUACAGUGUAUUAUUUUAGUUUAUUAUAAUGUUAGAAUUUAAUUUUAUUAUUCUAUUCUAAUCUUCGCGGUAUUAAAAGUUUUUUCGUUUGCUAAAUAAGUGUAUUAAAAAAUCAAUUUUCAAAUACACACACACAUAACUUUCUAUUUUUUGAUCUUGAUAUUGCUUAUUAUGGAAUUUCAAUGUUUUUGAGUCCUAAGGACUCCUUUACAUUAUAAGAACUCGUAGAAAUUAAAAUAUCACUCGUUCCUUUA